AUUAAUAGAUAUGAUAUGAGACUGGAUUUUAAAUUAAUCUUUGUUUUCUUUCCAUAUUUCCAUGUCUCUUUUUCUUUCAUCAGAUCAUCUGGUUCAGCAAGCACUCUGCAUUUUGCAGUCAGCACACGUCGGACUUGCUGUUUGUUCUGUUUUGUGUGUGUGUGUGUGUGUGUCUGUUUGAAAGAAGGAUGGGGGUGUAUGGAAAGCCUCAUAUACAAAACUAGAUAGAAUCAGAGCGUAAGGGAGAGAGAAAGGACAAAAACAGGAGGAUUCAUCUCAGAAUUAACAAAGAGAGCAGCUGAAUGAUCAUUCAUUCUUCUCCAGAGAGGUCUUUGCCAGUGGUUUCUCGCUUAGCAUCGUCCUGAAAAGCUACACAUCAACAAAGACGAUGCACACUCCAGCGUCCAUGCUGAUGGGAGUGGUGUUCGCUCCCUUGGGCCUUGUGCUGAUGUUUGCUGCUGCAAUCACACCGCAAUGGAGGGAGGGACAGGCACGGCUGGGUGCGGCAGGGCGGGGCGGAGCAACGGAGCUCCUCCUACUCCGCUCAGAUGGCCUAUGGGAGAGCUGCCUGCAGGUGGUGCACUCAGAGGUCAAAGAGUGCUGGCCCGUGUCGGGGUCCUACCAGCGGGAUGCUCGGGUUCGAAUGGUCCAGGGGAUGGUGCUGUCAUCUCUCUUCCUGUGCGGUGCGGGAAUCGUGCUCGCCAGCGUGGGCGUCCGCUGCUGGACCGAUAUCCCGCUCAGGAGUGUAGCGGCAGCCGGUGGCCUGUUGGUUGCGCUGGCAGGCGUGCUCAGUCUGGCUGCGUUAGGAGUGUAUACUCGGCAUCUUUCGAAGCUGGGUAUCGAGGUGGAUUCAACCGUAUCUGAGACGCAAGGACUCAACAUACACAAGCCACCCCGGCUAACGCUACACCCGGCUGGGUCGCUCUACUUCGGCUGGGUGGGAGCUUGGGUACAGGUGCUGGGAGGGGCCGCACUACUCUUUGGAUUCAAAAGCAUGAAGUGUUCAUUCUGCCACAAGCAGAGACUCAAAGACAGUGCUGAGAUGUAUGAGGUGAACUGUUAGAUGGGCUCGAAUGUUUGUGAGAGGUGAAAAGACACUUUUAUGGUGUUCAAACACAUUGAGCUUGGAUGAAUAAGAAAUGUGAAACAGUACACGUGAGGUUUCUAAAGAGAACCAUAUUAAAAUGUUGUACAAAAUAUGUAUGUAUGUAAUAUACAAAACCGUUACCAGAAGCCUUAAGGCCCAUUCACACCAAGAAUGCUAACUUUAUGGUGUGUACACACCAAAAGCGAAUAUAUUUAUUUGCACAAUUAGAUUACAUACAAAGUCAACGCAAAGACGCAAAUUUGCACCGGGCGAUGCUAAUGAUGCAAAUUGGGUGACGCCUCAAUUAUGUCUUGAAAUUUUUCAACUUGCGCGGGAAAUGACGCGAACAGGCAUGAUGCGUUGUCGCGCAAGCCAAUCAGCGAAGAGCUUAUUGACACGUCCAGUCCAUGUCCAGAGAUCGGACAAAAAAAGGAGAUAGCUUGGAGAAAAGUAAGUGAGGAAGUUGGACUUCCUGGUAAGUGAUGAAAAUAUGUCUGUUACUUGAUUCUAGCUAUGAGUUAAAUGAACUGGUUAGCACUGGCAUUAGCCAAAGUUAGCACAACCUGGCAUUCCCAGUGUUGUUGUUGUUGAUGAUGAUGAUAAUGUGAGUGAAGACACUCCUCAUCACGCAGUUUUUAUUCGCCCGAGUGAUGCGAAAAACAAGUAAUGCCGUGAGUAAUCUAGAGUGAGUAACACAAUGUGAAUAUUCACUUCACAUUCCCUGCUGAAAAAAACAGCAUAUGCUGGUUAGGUAUGUUUUGAAGCAUGGAAGCUGGUUUGAGCUGGUUUAAGCUGGUCAAGUGCUGGUCCUAAGCUGGUCCUAAUCAACUAGCUCCAGCUCAUGACCAGCUAAGGACCAGCUUCCAUGCUUCAAAACAUACCUAACCAGCAUAUGCUGUUUUUAUCAACAGGGUUUGGUGUGCACACACAACAAAUAUAACAAUAACUAUUAAACUAACAUUGUUUAUUAUAAGUGCAUAAGUUAUCGUUCAUCAGUUACAAAAAAGUAGUUCUGAAAGUGAUUCCAUUGAUAUCCUUCUUUCGUUAAUUAGAACGAUUAUUAAAACUUUAUACUAGGCCUAUAUAGUUAUUUUUGGUGUGAGCAGGCCUUCAGGGCCGGUUCACACAGAAUGCGUUUUUGCAUUACACUGUAUUUAAUUGAUUUUCUAUGUAGCCUAUACAAGUGUUAGACAGACCUCUUUGACCACUGCAUUGCAUUUUGUUGCUUUUUUCAUCAUUUUGCACAUGGGUGCCGUGUUUUUAAGAUGCCUUGUCAAGUUUUGUUAACUUCUUGUUAGCAUUUUGCGUUCUUUUCCAUUCUGCUGCGACAUGUCUCGUGUUUGAAACACAAAGAUGCAUUCCGUGUGAACGGUUCCUAGUUGCUAAGACGUUAAUGAUUGUAUGCAGUGUCUCGCUUUGUCUCGUUUCGAAGGCUGCGCCCUCUGGAGGUCGCAUUUGUCAGCCACAUAUUGAGGCUGCCUCAUAUUAGAAACGUACAUUCGUAAGUAAAAAAGAAAAUACAAUAAUUGACGUCAAUUUACAUCAUUUUACAAUGGUUACUUUUCUGAAAUGAGACAUCCUCAAUGACGUAUGUGGUCGACAAUUGUGAUCAUCAGAGGGGAUAACCUUCAAAAUGACAGCUUUUAUUUCGUGGCAGAUUUUACUGUUCAUCAUGACAGUACUGUAUCAUUCUUUCCAAAGAUGUCGUGAAAUGUAAGCAAUGUACCAGUGUCACAAGGCUGUAUGCAAUUUGGGCUUUUCCCGCUAGUGCGUGAGACGUGUGUGUCGUGUCAAUUCGCUCAAGCCUUAUGACUGAUACGCAUCUUUAAUAUUUGGACCAACAGUAUUUAUGUAAAAUAUUGAUCUGUGUUACUAAUUACUAACUGUACUUGUAAACAUUUAUGUUGUAAAUAUGUGUUGUUAUUGACUGUAAUGCCUAUCUGUAAGGCUACUGAUUAAAUGUUUCAAAGCAUUUUUCCUGCUUGUCAUGUCAUGUGAAAAAUCAGAAGACUUAGUCAUCACACAUGAUCAAAACAUCUAUUGGCUUGUCAUGCUAACUAAUAAUGAUUUUACACUAAACAGCUUGUUUUGGUAAAUACAUAGUGUGACCUGAACAUUCCCACGUUACAAGAAGCUGAGGUCAGAUCACAACAUCCGUUUAAAAACAAAACAAAACAAAACCAGGCCUACUUGAGUUUCUUUUUAGGACCAGUGCUUAUGUUUUGGAUUGGAUAUCUGAUCAAUUGUUACAAUAAUAAAUACACCAAAACAUAUUUGACCAAGAAGGAAAACAUUGUUUAAUGGUUUAUUAACACAGCAGAAUUACUGUAAGGUAAGAAUUAAUGCUUAAAGCCUGUAUGUAUAAUGCAUUAUACAUGUAUUCAUAAUAUACAUUAUAACUUUUCAUAAAUAACUAACCAAAGGUAAAAUGCAUAAUAUUUUCAGAUUCCUUGUUACAUAUAAAAUUGGUUGUUUGUCAUAUGCUUUAAAGCAUUAUACUUUCUAAAGGUGUGUUCAAUAAAUAGAUAAGUAUUAUAAUGUAUUAUAACUGUGGUUACAAUUAUUCAUUAGCCCAUGCAAUGCAUUAUAAGGUUCAUUACAAGGCAUAAUUAAUGCAUUAAAAAUACUUUUAUAAUGCAUUACUCUGUAUAUAAAGGCUUUAAGUAAAGUGUUUCAUAAUUAUUAUUAUUAUUAUUAUUUUUUUUUUUCAAAAACUAUUUAAUGAGCAUUUAAACCAAUUUCAGAGGAGAUGAUGAAAUGAGAAGCAUUGGCUCUGCAUAAAUGUACACUUUAUAUAAACAUAAGGCAUAGAUUUCUAUUUCUUUUUUCAUUUUUUAAAUCUAUGUCUAUACAUUGUAUGAACAAAAAAAAUUAAAACAGCAACAUGAAAUAAAUUAUUAUAAUAUUUUGGGAUUUCAAAAUGACUUGAGCACGACACACAAGUCAGUUAACACUUACUCCUCUCUUUGUAUAGAUGAGUUUAGCUUUAUGAGUUUGACUUUAUAUAACCAGUUUUUGUCUUUGAUCUACUUAAAAAAAAAAAAAAAAAAAAAAAGAAA